AUGGUCGAUUCUCAGUAUUACCUCCCCAAUGACAUUGGGAUCUCUGCGCUGGACUGUACAGAAGCCUUUCGCCUGCUGUCCCCUAGAGAACAGCUCUAUGCGCACUACCUCUCCAGGUCUGCCUGGUACGGAGGACUGGCUGUGCUGCUGCAGACCUCGCCUGAGUCAGCUUCCAUCUAUGUGCUCUUACAGCGGCUGUUCCGCAAGCAGCCACCAGCACAGCUGGGGAAUGUGGCCACUGCAGCUGGACUCAGUCCUGAGGAGUACCAGGUAAUACACCUACCUACAGAGCCUUGGAGAAAGACUGAGUCAAACAAUGUGUACACCAUAUAAUUAGAAUGUAUAACCACACACAGAUGGUACAGGCUCAGAUCUAUCAGGUGACCGAACACAAAGUGCAUAGUGAGCCUGUUGUAAUAAACAUGAGUCUUCUGACAGAUAAUAAUAGCUAUUUUCAUCUCUGUUGGCAGGCCUUUCUUGUUUAUGCUGCUGGCCUCUAUGCCAACAUGGGAAACUACAAGUCAUUUGGAGACACCAAGUUCAUUCCCAACCUCCCCAAGGUAGAUAAUCCUCACUUUUAUAUCUAAAUAAUAAAAGCCUUGACAGAAUGGUUAUGUCCUCUAAUGACCACACAUUGUGGUUUAGGAGAAGCUGAAGGCCCUUGUGUGGCAGAGCCAGGCCUUCCAGGACAGUCCCAGUGAGAUGGAGGCCCUGUGGGACAGCUGCUCCACCCUCCUCUUCUCCCUUGAGGACAAACAGAAACAGCUGGGCUUGGGGGACAAGGUGAGACUUCCUGAUGCCAAGCGCUCAUCCACUUAUGCCUUAUGUGAUGUUGGGUCCCCUUAAAUAAAUACUGUGUACUGUAGGUGUUGAUAAUGAUUUUGCUUUAUUUCUUGUCCUCAGGGAAUCACCACAUACUUCUCAGGGAACUGUUGUUUGGAGGAUGCAGAGUUGGCUCAGAAAUUCUUGGAUUCAAAGGUGUUUAUUCAUGUAUUAAAGUUUGUCUUAUGUCCAUAUUGUUAGUAUUGCAGGACUUAAAGAGCUGUCUCCCUUACAGAACCUGAGUGCCUACAACACGCGACUGUUCAAAAAUAAAUCAGAAGGGAAGACCAGCUAUGAGGUGCGCCUUGCGUCUGCUGUGCAGAAGGGUGAGAGUGCCUUGUCCUUUUGAAAGCUAUGCUAAUAAAGACGUGCUAUAAAUGACGUCAGAGCUCAGGCUCUGAGCUUCACAGCUCUGUAUGGUUUUUUGACUGACAGCCAUUCUGAACUUGAGCACUGCACGCGACAAGAAGAUGCCCCCAUCUCUCCCGGUAAUUGGGCAACUUUAGCACCUUAUUUGGUCAAGUGAGGGAAAUGUUGUGAAUUAAGAGGACUCGAUGUAUUUUGAAAGAUGAGACGUUGAGGAUUAUAAUAAAUACCUAUUUGGUGUCUUACAUGCAAACCAAACACCCAACUGUGCACUUCACAUUUCCAUAUCGUAAAACUCAUCUAUGUUUGAUGUACAGUUACAAGAUGACAUGGCGUCAUACCCUGGGUUGUUCUGAACAGAAUGAGCCUGUGUUUGUCUAUUGGGAAGAACAUUUACCACGGAACACGCACCUGACUGCACCCUUUAUUCUUUUCUAUGCCCACCAAAAUGACGAUCUGUUUCUCUGAAUUGCCCUGUGAAAGCCUAACACUGUAUGAUCCUAUUUUAUAACUUAGCUGGUCAUGUUGGCAAUAGAACAAACAUUCAUAUUAUGCCCACCUGACCCAGAUUGCGAUUUUGUAAUGGGACGUUUUUGGAUUGUGUAAACGGCAGUAAUUGUGUGAUGGCGGGGAUGCAGGGUUGUGUUGCAAACAAAACGACUACAAGUGUGCUUGCUCUAGUUCCUCAACGGCAUGGCUAGGAGAUCUGAAAAAGCACCUUAUAUUUGAAGACUCUUAUUUGAGUCAUAAGUGCAUUGAAGUUACUUAGGAACUGUGCACACUUUGGAGAGGUGUGUGGCCCUCGGAGACACCAGUUCGUCCUCACACUCAAACGCUUGUCAUUUUUUUGUCUUAUGUUGCACACAUUUUCCAGGAAUAUUCUUAUGUUACUGAAUGUAUCCAGAGUAUAUUCAGAUUUUGUUUACAACAAAUGCGGCAAAAAGUACAGUAAAUAUAAAAUGCACAUAAAAUCAAGUGUAGUGUUUGGAUUCAGUCUUGUCAGGUGAACUGUUGUGUCCUCAACUUUGGUCUAAGGAUAAUCUCAACUGUUCCCUUUCAAUUGCUACCAUGGUUAUGCCGUUCAUAUUUCUUCUGUAAGAAACAUUUCAAUUUAGCCCUAUCCAUAUAGGUCAAUUCCCACAAGUGUAAAGAGUUGAUGUCAGUAAUGAAUUCUCUUUUUAUUAAAUCAUUUUCUCUGUCAUUGCUCAAGACUGUGCAGUGGAUGGGGAGGGGGAGACCGGGUGUGGCAGAUAUGACUUUGAGGACUGUGUCUUCACUGUUUCGAGGGGAGACUACGCUCACCUCAUGAAGAAAGUGAGUGAAAAUCUGGAGAAAGCUAAGGUUAGUUCAAACAGUAUCCUAAUUCAAAUGUAUGUUUAUCCCUUAUCAAUUAAAGUAUGUGAUUCAAAACUACUAAUGCGUCUUAAAAUUCAAGUUUGGUCUCAUGAACGUCUUCUCUUUAAUGACAGGACCAUGCAGCCAAUGAGAACCAGAAACGAAUGCUGGAGGAAUAUUCACGGAGUUUCACCUUUGGGUCCGUGGAGGCGCACAAGGAAGGCUCUCGUUUCUGGAUCAAAGACAAGGGACCCAUUGUGGAGAGGUGAGAGUGUACUGCCUUCCAGAUUUGGCCUUCCAGUCUGUGGAUGAAAGAAGUAGCAACUUGAUGUUAGUUUUCUUUUCCCUUCUCUCUAGUUAUAUUGGCUUUAUCGAGAGCUACAGGGAUCCCUUUGGUUCCAGGGGAGAGUUUGAAGGUACAAAUUCAGAGGCAAAGCACCCCUAUUAUCGUUACGUGUUUUUGAAGACUCCUUUGUUAUCAUAUUGGGGUUUGUCUCUUCUCUCCUCAGGCUUUGUUGCCGUGGUGAACAAGGCGAUGAGUGAACGCUUUGCUAAGCUGGUGAGCUCAGCCGAGGUGCUUCUGCCAGAGCUGCCAUGGCCAAAAGACUUUGAGAAGGACCGCUUCCUCCUGCCUGACUUCACCUCCCUGGACGUGCUGACGUUCGCUGGCAGUGGCAUUCCAGCUGGCAUUAAUAUUCCCAACUGUGAGUGCCACGUCCGACUGACUCUUAAUUCAGUUAAUAUUGACACUUAAUUCAGUUAAUAUUGACACGACUGGUUCAGGUUAAUGUUGGUCAUUUCCAUGUAAAAGGACCCAUGAGCACCAAUAUGUGAAGUUCAUAGGCGCAUAUCAAAUUGGGUGUCAAAUAAAAGCUGAGAGUCUAUAUUUUGGGGAAAUUAAGUCAUAGAUACAUUUUUCCACAAUUUUCCAUCUUAAAAAAUUAGGCAUAAAUAAUCGUUUUGAUUUCUGGUCAAACAGAUGGAAAAGGGGUCUUUGAAAACAUCCACCAGAGAAAGUCUUAAAAGGUACUAGAAAUACAUCAAAACACAAUGUUGAAGUAAAGACCCCUGACAACUAAUAUCAACACUUAUAUUUAGUUUGAGAAAUUAUUUCCCUUCUGUGAGAAAUUCCAUUACCAAAAACCCACACCUUUUAAGAUAUUUUCAAAUUUCUCAAUGAAAGUUCACAGAAGUAACAAGUGAAGGUAGACCUACCAAUUACUGUUUUUACUGAUAUACAUUAUUGUUUAUGAAUUAUUAAGUGAUUAAAACUCAUUCUGUUUCCAAAUCGGUAACAGAAUUAAAUCGGUAACAGAAUUACUGCAACUAAAUUGGCUGCAAUGGGAAAUCAUAGUCCCAAACCACAGUUGGGUCACCUUCUACUGUCCUCCUCCACUGGCAUACUGUUAUGUUCAGCUCAAUGUUUUCUUUCUCUUUCUGUUGCGUGGUGGUCAAAGCACGUGUGAAGGCAGUCUGGACAACCCCUCCCACUCUCUCUUCUCUCUCCAGUUAUUGUCACCUCUCCCAGCUCUUACUGACACCUACCCAUGAGCCCCCUCUCGUUCCAUUUGCUGUAACCAGCAUCCACGGACGUUGAAAAGUAUUUUAAAUUAGGUCAGUCCGCCCUGGCCUUGAUUUCACUACGUCCACAGAUAUACAUUUUUGGUCCGGCCUUGAUUUGGCCCAAACAUAGACGUCUAUGAUUGGUUCAGAUUUGGUCCAGUCACCAGUCAUAGAUGUCUAUUUUUCACAACUUUGGACAGCACAGUGAAACAGAGUACAGUAAAGAAAAGUAGAGUACAAUAUAAUGUACUGAACUUUACUGUACUGUGAUGUCCAGACUUCUGAAACAGACAUCUAUGAUUGGUUCAGAUUUGGUCCAGACCAACCAAGUUUGGUCUUGUUUGGGGGCGGAGAUCAUUUGAAUAAUAGCCAGUGUGUAGAAUAAUACCAAUAUAUGCAAAGGAUAAUAUUUAAAUAUAUAAAAAAUUAUGCAUUUAUGUGUAGUACAGAUCAGGGACCCAUAAUGUAAUUCCGUUACCAGGUGUAAAUACCCUUCACUUCCUGUAGUUUAAUAACCUAAAUAGAUUUUUUCAAACUCAAGGUGUCAUAUCAUAGCUGACACCUCAUUAUUUCUGCAGACAUCUGUGAAUCUUAUUUCGGAGUGUAUGUUAAACAGUUUUUGGAAAGCGUAGUCGCGCAAAAAGUUUUUACCGUCAUUCUGUUACCAAACUUUGCAUCUGCACAGUUCUUCCAGUAAAUGUGUUUUUGAGAAAAUUUCCGUGUACGUUGUUCAAAGUAGUCCUAGUGCAUAGUUUUAUGGUUUGUUAAACUUUGACAUCAAUAUUUUUUGUUUGACAUUUUAAAGUGAGAAAUCUGAGUCGCAGCGUAAUUCCGUUAGCGUGGAAUAGCCCUGUAAUCUCUGAUUAUGUGUCUGUCUUUGUUUAGAUGACGACAUCAGACAGUCGGAGGGCUUUAAGAACGUCUCCCUGGGUAAUGUUCUGGCUGUGGCCUACGCUACCCAGAAGGACAAGCUCACAUUCCUGGAUGAAGAUGACAAGGUAAUCAACUUUCUAACUAUGCCCGCCGUGCCUUACCAAAUAAGCACCAAGACUGAAGGGGAGGGUGGGGGGGAUAUAUUUAUGCCUGUCAGAUCUUUGUUUCCUUCAAUGGUCCCUGUCUGUUUCUUUCAGGAUGUGUACAUUAAGUGGAAGGGGCCCUCCUUCGAGGUGCAGGUUGGCCUCCAUGAACUGCUGGGCCAUGGCAGUGGGAAGCUCUUUGUCCAGGUGAGAGAGGCAUCUCCGUUCAUGUUCAUGUCAUGCAUGGUCAGUCCUUGCAUCCAUAGCCCUGUCUAUGGAUUUGAGUGUUUACGUUUCUCCAGCUCAGUCCCCCAGCUGUUUACCACAACAGUGGCGGGGCACCACCGCUUUAUUAUUUGAACUGCAGAUUGCCCCUUUAAUGUCUAAAUGUCUGGUUUAUAGUAAAAUCCAUUGUUUUUACUGUUUAUGUAGUCUGAAUGGGGGAUGCACAGUGCUUUGUGACUGAUUUUAGUGUUUUAUUAUGUGUUGUCAUGUGUACAGGAUGAGAAGGGAACUUUCAACUUCGAGAUAGAUAAUGUUCGCAAUCCUGAGACUGGAGAAAAGGUGAGUCUAUAUACACUAUAUAUAAAAAAGUAUGUGGACACCCCUUCAAAUGAGUGGAUUCGGCUAUUUCAGCAACACCUGUUGCUGACAGGUGUAUAAAAUCAAGCACACAGCCAUGCACUCUCCAUGGACAAACAUUGGCAGUAGAAUGACCUUACUGAAGAGCUCAGUGACUUUCAAUGUGGCACCUUCAUAGGAUGCCACCUUUCCAAGUCAGUUCGUCAAAUUUCUGCCCUGCUAGAGCUGCCCUGGUCAACUGUAAGUGCUGUUAUUGUGAAGUGGAAACGUCUAGGAGCAACAACGGCUCAGCCGUGAAGUGGUAGGCCACACAAGCUCACAGAACGUGACCGCCGAGUGCUGAAGCGUGUAGCGGGUAAAAAUCGUCUGUCCUCUGUUGCAACACUCACUACAGAGUUCCAAGCUGCCUCUGGAAGCAACGUCAGCACAAGAACUGUUAGUCGGGAGCUUCAUGAAAUGGGUUUCCAUGGCCGAGCAGCCACACGCAAGCCUAAGAUCAUCAUGUGCAAUGCCAAGCGUUGGCUGGAGGGGUGUAAAGCUCGCCGCCAUUGGACUCUGGAGCAGUGGAAACGCGUUCUCUGAAGUGACGAAUCACGCUUCACCAUCUGGUAGUCCGACGGACGAAUUUGGGUUUGGCGGAUGCCAGGAGAACGCUACCUGCCCGAAUGCAUAGUGCCAACUGUAAAGAUUGGUGGAGAAGGAAUAAUGGUCUGGGGCUGUUUUUCAUGGUUCGGGGUAGGCCCCUUAGUUCCAGUGAAGGGAAAUCUUAACGCUACAGCAUACAAUUACAUUCUAGAUGAUGCUGUGCUUCCAACUUUGUGGCAACAGUUUGGGGAAGGCCCUUUCCUGUUUCAGCAUGACAAUGCCCCCGUGCACAAAGUGAGGUCCAUACAGAAAUGGUUUGUCUAGAUCGGUGUGGAAGAACUUGACUGGCCUGCACAGAUCCCUGACCUCAACCCCAUUGAACAACUUUGGGAUGAAUUGGAACGCUGAGUGCGAGCCAGGCCUAAAUGCCAAACAUCAGUGCCCGACCUCACCAAUGCUCUUGUGGCUAAAUGAAAGCAAGUCCCCGCAGCAAUGUUCCAACAUCUAGUGGAAAGCCUUCCCAGAAUAGUGGAGGCUGUUAUAGCAGCAAAGCAGGGACCAACUCCAUAUUAAUGCCCAUGAUUUUGGAAUAAGAUGUUCGACGAGCAGGUGUCCACAUACUUUUGGUUUAAGUGAGUAUUGUGUAAAGUAUGGUUUCUGUGCUUCAGAUCACCACCUGGUACAAAGGCAACGAAACAUGGGACAGCAAAUUCUCCACCAUUUCUUGCUCCUAUGAAGAGUGCAGGGCCGAGUGUGUGGGGCUCUACCUCUGCCUCAACAAGCACGUGCUCAGGUCUGUUUAUCCAUACUCGUGUGUGUGUGUGUGUGUGUGUGUGUGUACACACACUCUGUAAUCACUAAACCUACAUUAAUAUCAAAGCAGAAUGUAUUAACAGUGAUCUUACGUGGGUCAGGAUGCUCUAACAAGGAUGUUGUCCCUGGGUUUGCAGUAUCUUUGGCCAUGAGGGCGAGGAUGCAGAGGAGGUGGUGUAUAUCAACUGGCUCAACAUGGUCCGAGCUGGCCUGCUGGGCCUGGAGUUCUACACCCCCGAGAGCAAGAGCUGGAGACAGGUCAGCUGCACUAAAGUUCAAUCAUUUAUAAAGUACAUCAAGCCUCAAUUUAGUUGAUCAUGCUAUCUUUCUAACUCUAUUGCUCAUUGAAUCUCUUCCCCACUUUAACUAAACAUCCUGUUCUCUCUGGCUCAGGCCCACAUGCAAGCUCGCUUUGUGAUCUUGCGGGUACUCCUGGAGGCUGGCGAGGGGCUGGUGACCCUGAAGGAGAGCACAGGAAAGGAUGGGCGCCCAGAUGCCCUUAUAACGCUGGACCGCAGCAAGAUCCACACUGUGGGCAAGGCUGCCAUCGAGAGGUUCCUAUGCAAACUGCAGGUACAGCUGUAGAAGGCUUGGAAAUGUCUUGAUUAUGGCUGGGAUUACCGGGAUAAAUGUCACAAUAAAAGUCGACUCAAAUCUCCUAUUUGACACAUUAUUAUCUUUGUCCCUGCAGGUCCUCAAGUCCACAGCCGAUGUGGAGGGAGGCAGAGCUCUGUAUGAGGGAUACUCGGCCGUGUCCGACAGUGGUUCUCACAACUUCCUGUGCCUGCGGGAGACUGUUCUCCAGCGCAAAGAGGCUCGCAAGAUGUUUGUUCAAGCCAACACAAGGGUCAAAGGUUAGUCUUUAAUGCCAAGAUGAAUAUCUACAUUUACAUGGCAUGGCUCUUCAUAUGUUUAUCAUCGUCCUACUAAGUGAUCUACCUUCAUGUAAAGACAGUAUCACCCUAAACCAUUUUACUGGCCCACGUGUCAUUGGAAUUCAAAGACUUGUGUAUUGUCUGAUGCAGGUGACAGUGUAGAGCUGGUGGAAUACGAGGGCAGUGCGGCUGGACUGAUCCGCUCCUUCACAGAACGGUUUGCAGAUGACGACGCCGAGGAGGUGGAGGCCCACCUGCUAGAGCUGAACAAGAGGGAUGCCCCCUGCUGGUUCUGA